GAAAAGCGCUCUACCCCACCUGCUUAUCAAUCACUCCUCAUCUCUCUUAUCGAUCAACGACAUCAUACCCUCAUCAACCCCUCUCUCUCCUCAUUUUCCACUUACCAACCCACUGCUUUCAUUCGACACUCAAUUCGCAUCAACGAACGAAAAUGUCCUCCCAAAAGACCAUGCGCGCAAUCGGAAUAAAAAACGGCCGCGGCCCCGCGGACGCCCUCUUCGUCGAUGAAAUCCCCCUCCCGACCCCAGGCCCCCGUCAAGCCCUCGUAAAAGUGAAAGCCUUCGGUCUAAACCGCAUGGACCUCCUGCAGCGCGAAGGACAGUACCCGGUCCCACCGCAAGCGCCGCCAACGCUGGGAGUCGAGUUCUCCGGGACGAUUUCCGAGCUCGGCGAGGGGGCGACGGAGGACUUCAAGGUCGGCGAUGAGGUCUUUGGGUUGGCGUAUGGUGGCGCUUAUGCGGAGUAUAUUGCUGUUGCGACGGGGAUGCUUAUUCAUAAGCCGAAGGAAUUGUCGUGGGAGGAGGCUGCGGGGGUUCCGGAGACCUGGAUAACAGCAACGCAAGCCCUCUACCUCGUCGGCGCCUUCCAAAAAGGCCAAUCCGUCCUCUGGCACGCCGGCGCCUCCUCAGUCUCCAUCUCCGGCAUUCAACUCGCCAAAGCCGCCGGCGCCUCUGCAAUCUACGUCACCGCGGGCUCCGAAGAGAAGAUCAAAUUCUGCGUCGAACAACUCGGCGCAACAGCCGGCUUCAACUACCGCACGCAGAACUGGGCCGACGAGAUCCUCAAGGCGACCGAUAACAAGGGCGUGGACGUCAUCGUCGAUUACAUCGGCGCGGCGUAUUUCCAGGAUAAUCUGCGAGCUGCGGCGAUGGAUGGGCGGAUUGUGAAUCUGGCGUUCAUGGGUGGGGUCAAGACCGAGGGGCCGGUUGAUAUCUCGCCGUUUUUGAGGAAGCGGGUGAGGUUUGAGGGGAGUACGCUGCGGAGUCGCGAUGAGAACUAUCAGCGGAAAUUGCGGGAUAUGGUUGUUGAGAAUGCGCUGCCGAGGUUCCGCGAUGGGUCGUUCAAGGUGUUCGUCGAGAGGGUUUUUGCGUUUGAGGAUGUGGUGCAGGCGCAUAAGCUGAUGGAGAGCAACCAGACCAAGGGGAAGAUUAUCUGUACGAUCUAGACAUGUACAGCUACGAUUAUAUACAAUUAUACAAUAUAACCAAGUAAGUUGGUGGCAUCUAUUCAUUCAUUUUUAACAUAACCUAUUUACAGCUCAUCCAAUCAUCAGUGACCAGCACAUUCAACACCGCCAUCUAAACAAUAACCUUGUGCCCAGCAGGCUUCUCCUCCUCCUCGCCGAAGAUGUUGAUGUUCCAGCGAGGCUUGUUCGCAACGUACGGCGUGUUGUAGCGGCGGCGGUUCUCACCCAGCUUCGAGACCUUUGCGAUCUCCUCGGGGGUGAGCUCGACCUCCUGGAAGUUCUCGGCGAUGCGAGAGGCAGUCACGGACUUGGGGAUCACGGAGUGGCCGCCGACCUGGGACCAGGCGAGGAUCACCUGGGCGGGGGUGACGGUCUUGCCGAGGCGAGCGGAGGCUUCGGCGGCGACGGCCUUGACGUCGUCGUGGGCGACGAGGAGGGGGAUGUUGAACUGGUUGUUGCCGAAGGCCUGAAUUUGUUAGUAGGCAAUUUCAAACAGAAAGUGAAGGGAGGUGCAUACGGAGUAAGCGGUGAUGUGGAUGCCCUUCUUGGCGGCGUACUCGAUCAGCUCAGGGCUCUGGAGAACAGGGUGACGCUCAAUCUGGUUGGCAGCGGGGACAACGCCAGUGGCGUUGAUGAUGGCCUCGAGGUGCUCGACGGUGUGGUUGGAGACACCAACGGCGCGGGCCUUGGACUUGGGCAGCUUGAUCAUGGCCUUCCAGGUGUCGACGAUGGAGAUGUUGUCCUCGAUCUGGACGUCACCGUCGGGGAAAGUGCUGGAGGUGUCGGCGGGGAAGUAGUUGUCGCCGGUGGUGAAGGCGACGGGCCAGUGGACGAGGUACAGGUCGAGGUAGUCGAGCUGCAGCUCAGCAAGGCAAUCGUCGAGAGCCUUCUCAACGACGGCGGGGUCGUGCUGGGUGUUCCAGAGCUUGGAUGUGAUGAAGAUGUCCUCGCGCUUGAGGCCGGGGAUGUCCUUGUAGGCACGCUGGAUGCCCUCGGCGACCUCGCGCUGGUUCUGGUAGAUGGUGGCCAGAUCAAGGUGGCGGUAGCCAACCUUGAGGGCCUGGUAGACGGCCUCGCCGACCUGGCCGGGGGCGGACUGCCAGGUGCCGAAUCCCAGCUGGCUGUGGUUUGUUAGUAGACAGUAGACACUAGGAUCAGAGGCUCACGUACGGGAUCUCAGCGCCGGAGUUGAGGGUGACCUUCUUGCCGAGAGACAUUUUGUAUGUGAUGAUAGCUGACAGAGUUGGUGAGGAAUAAGAGGGAAAGAUGGAGGGAUGGAAACCGUUCGAGGGGAGGAGGGGGAAUUAAAAGGUCCCUUGCGCUGCUCCGGUGGGGUUGCUCGAGGGGUUCCUGAACCAGACGCCAAUGGCCACGCUGCUCGGUUGAACUCUGGAACACUCAUGGUGUUCCGGUCGAUUCUCUCUGACUAAAGCUCCAGCGUAAGAACUCAUCUGGCCAUCUUGGUGGUCGUAUCCCUGCCAGAACCCCUCGGUGGGGCAUGAUGAUGGCAUCAUCAUACAGCCAGCGCUGCAAUUACUCGCAAUCGAGGGCGAAGCUAUCGGAGGACUUGCGAGACAAAAGUCAUCACUCCGCGAUGCUCCCGAGUCUCUCACAAUGCCAUCCAUCGCAUUGACCUGGCCUGGAUGAUGUCAAUCGGUAGACACUCCUCCGCGACGCGACCCGUGAGGUUGAACCAGCGGCGUCCCAAACAGGGAAUUAUCCCGCCGGCACCAUAAUUUCCCGUAUGGACGGAUAAAUUGCAACCUCAGUUUCAUCCAAUCAACCCGUCGGUUUCGUUGCUCGGAGGAAUCCCGAUCUCAUCCUAGAGCGGUUAAAUUUGUCGGUUUCGGUCUCUCGCAGUGGUUGCACUUUCUGAAACCGUCGUUGCGCUUCGGUUGAAUUCUAUGCUACCCCACGUCCAUCCACCCCACGCUACCCCAGUAAUAACUCGAAGCGUUGACAUGGCGCUGGAGUUUGAUUCGACAGGAUCAUCGUUCUGCGCUGGCCUGAAAAUUUCGAGGAUGCUUUGACGAGGCAUGUGUUGUCUAAUCUUCUCGAGUGCAGACAAUGCGGGUAGCAUUGUGUUGGCCUUUUGAAAGUGGAAACCAGUUGUCCGCUUGGCCAGCCAAGUCAAGAGACGAAGAACGCAUUCGCCAUGUGCAAAUCACCUGCUUUCCUCGUGCUUCGGUCGAAAAGCACCGACCAGGUCGGUUGAAGUCGGGAAAGAUACUAUGUACGGGAUUCGGAUUCAUCUAACCGGGGCUUUCGCGGCGUGCUCUGUACACCGGGGUAGACUCCGAAAUAUGGCCCGGGGUCCAGGCUCGAUCAUAGAUGCCAUAUCUAUCGGUUGUCGUAUGAGUGGACCUGAUAGCUCAGUUGUUAGGGUGCGAGCAUUGCCCAUUCUCGUCAUCGUCUGAGAUGAUGAUACUUAGUGGGCUAGCAUACAUGUCCUUUGUAUAGGUCUCAGAAUGUUGGAUGAUAGGUAAACAUGUAUCUCAGGAGUCACUUGCCGGUGUUAUGGGACCUUUGAGGGGCAUUUACCUGGCUCCCUCCCAAUACGCACGGAUCAUGAUGAGAAGUAUCCAGACGAGCGCUAAUUCGAGCUCUACUGUUCUUUCCGACGCCCAAGGCAUCCAGCUACCACCACCAGAGUCCGUCCUCGUGCUAGUAUACUCAAGGCAUAGAUUAUACAGUCCAUGCCAUGCACUUCGGUUUAACCCCCACCUUAAUAAUGGACUUGGUCUAAUAAGUUCAAG